CCUCCCCCAGUAUGCUUGAUUUGGUUAAGUCCAGGUUUCCAGCAAAUCCAAGAUGGCGGACUGACUAACGACGUGCUGAAGUUCACUUUAAACCCUGAAGCUUGUUAUCCUCUCAUUGUCUUGCCGGAUUGCGGUCUGUUGAGAACAAAUACUGAUGUUUCCAGCAAUGUUGAGUUGUCUCAUGAAUGUCUCAUGAAAGUGGAGGGAAAGCCAGUCCAAGCAAGGGUCUUCCAGAUUUGGAUCAGAAGGUUUUCAGAUCUGCAGUGUUUUCCAGGUGUCUCUUUCUGGGAUGUCCAGGGUAGGUGGCCUGAGGGGGUUUAUCCCCAUAGCACAGACCACCAGCACGGACACUCCCUAUGCUGAGAGACUACACAGGAAUCUACAGAUGGACACAUUCACAUGUAGAGACACCUGCACGGCUGCUUGAAAGACAGAACUGACCAAGCAGCAAACAGCUUAGGCUGAACUUUGAACUUAAAAUUCGGGACCCAUCUGGUCCUCAGACCAGACAGAGAUUACCUGUGUUGGCCUUUGACAUUUCCAUCCUUUAAAUAAUCAUCUAGUUUCCCCGGUCUCCUGCUUUCCAUUUAGUCCUCUGGGAGUGUUUUGUUGUGCUGCAGAGCUAGUAAUGGAGAGUAGGUAAUGGAUGAUGCUGGCCAUGGUGACCUAGUGUAAAUGGCUGUUCCCCAGCACAGCUCAGUGCCAGUAUCUACUGCUCGAUCUUCCGCCUCCACUCCCCCCUCCUCUCAUCCCUACUCCACCUCUCUGCUCUCCUUCCCUGUUCACCGCCGCUGCUUGCUGCCCAGUCCUGCCUCCCCCCUCCAACACCAUGGUAGGUGCAGGCUUGGGUGUGUGGAAGUUAAUGCGAGGUGUCCGCCAGCUGGAGCUUCACCGCCUCAUCCUGGCACUUAUCAUCUUUUGCUUGCUGUCCAUGGCCUUCCUAGCUUACUACGUCUCCAACAGCCCCAAAAUCAAGGAGGCCCCCCCUUUACCCUUUAGUGACUGUGGUGGAGGAGGGGGGGUGUCACCAGGAGAGAGUACUGGGGCAGCCGGGGGAGAGCCAGGUGUCCAGAGGGCACCACUUUUCCUUCCCCCGCGCCAGGGCCGACUAAGGCAGGUAAAAGCUAUGGACAAUUCCAGGACACAGCCCGUAGUUCUGGUGUUUGUUGAAAGCAUCUACUCCCAGCUGGGCCAGGAGAUUGUAGCCAUAUUAGAGUCUAGUCGCUUCCACUACCGGACUGAGAUUGCUCCUGGUAAAGGUGACAUGCCCACAUUGACGGAGCAUAACCGUGGACGCUACACACUGAUCAUCUAUGAAAAUGUGUUGAAAUAUGUCAAUCUGGAUGCAUGGAAUCGUGACUUGCUGGACAAGUACUGUGCUGAGUAUGGAGUAGGUGUCAUUGGCUUCUUCAAAGCUAAUGAAAACUCUCUUCUCAGUGCACAGCUUAAAGGUUUCCCCCUCUUUCUACACUCACACCUGGGACUCAGGGACUACCGCAUAAACCCCAAUGCUCCUCUGCUCUACAUCACCAAGCCCAACCAGGUGGAGCAGGGAUCUUUACCAGGGGAUGACUGGACCAUUUUCCAGUCCAACCACUCUACUUAUGAACCAGUGCUUCUAGCAAGCACCAAGUCCUCAGAGGCACUGGCACAUUUUGGACCCAGCCCCCUGCGGGCCCUUCAUGCCACAGUGGUCCAGGACUUAGGGCUCCAUGAUGGCAUUCAAAGAGUUCUCUUUGGAAAUAAUCUCAACUAUUGGCUUCACAAGCUGGUGUUUGUAGACGCCAUUGCCUACCUGACGGGGAAGAGACUGUGUUUGUCGUUGGACCGCCACAUCCUCGUGGAUGUGGAUGAUAUAUUUGUUGGCAAGGAGGGAACCCGUAUGAAGGUGUCAGAUGUGGAGGCAUUGCUCAACACUCAAAACAAGCUGAGAGCACUGGUUCCUGAUUUCACCUUCAACUUGGGAUUUUCUGGAAAGUUCUAUCACACAGGUACUGAUGAGGAGGAUCGGGGAGAUGACAUGCUGCUGCAACACAGGAUGGACUUCUGGUGGUUUCCUCAUAUGUGGAGCCACAUGCAGCCUCACCUCUUUCACAACGUCAGCGUCUUGGCUGAGCAGAUGAGGCUCAACAAGAUCUUUGCUCAGGAGCAUGGCAUCCCAACAGAUAUGGGAUAUGCGGUGGCUCCGCAUCACUCCGGGGUUUACCCUGUUCACAGCCAGCUCUAUGAGGCCUGGAAGUCUGUGUGGGGCAUCAAGGUGACCAGCACGGAGGAAUACCCACAUUUGAGGCCAGCGCGAUAUCGACGUGGCUUCAUCCACAAUGGGAUCCAGGUGUUGCCCAGGCAGACCUGUGGUCUGUUCACCCAUACAAUCUUCUAUAAUGAAUAUCCUGGAGGCUCAAAGGAGCUGGACAAGAGCAUCAGAGGAGGAGAACUCUUCCUCACUGUCCUCCUAAACCCUAUCAGUAUCUUCAUGACCCACCUGUCUAACUAUGGCAAUGAUCGGCUGGGUCUGUACACCUUUGAGUCUUUGGUGAAGUUUGUCCAGUGUUGGACCAACCUCAGGCUGCAGACGUUGCCCCCUGUUCAGCUCGCUGAGAAAUACUUCCAGAUCUUCCCUGAGGAGAGAGACCCCCUCUGGCAGAACCCUUGUCAUGACAAGAGACACAAAGAUAUCUGGUCUAAAGAAAAGACCUGUGACCGACUCCCCAAGUUCCUUGUUAUUGGACCACAGAAAACAGGCACUACAGCGCUCCAUUCAUUCCUGAGCCUCCACCCAGCAAUCACCAGCUCCUUCCCCAGCCCCACCACCUUCGAGGAGGUCCAGUUUUUCAGUGGAGCAAACUAUGACAAUGGGAUUGACUGGUACAUGGACUUCUUCCCAUUCCCUUCCAAUGUCAGCACAGACUUCAUGUUUGAAAAGAGUGCCAACUAUUUUGACACAGAGGUAGCUCCUAAGAGAGCUGCUGCCCUGCUUCCCAGAGCCAAAAUCCUGGCAGUGCUCAUCAACCCGUCUGACAGAGCUUACUCCUGGUACCAGCACCAAAGGGCGCAUCAGGACCCUGCAGCUCUGAACAACACUUUCCAUGCCGUGGUGACAGCAGGCCUCUCAGCCCCCAGGGACCUGCUGGCCCUUCAGAGACGCUGCCUUAAUCCAGGGGUCUAUGCUACUCACCUGGAGCGCUGGUUGCAACACUACCAGCCCAGCCAGUUGCAAAUUGUGGACGGAGCCCUCCUGCGUUCCAACCCUGCACUGGUGAUGGAGGGAAUCCAGAGAUUCCUCAGCGUCACUCCCAUCUUCAACUACACCCAGGCUCUAAUGUACGAUGACAGCAAAGGUUUCUGGUGCCAGCGGGUGGAAGGAGGUCGAGCCAAAUGUCUGGGGAAGAGUAAAGGCAGGAAGUACCCAGAGAUGAGUCCUGAGUCGCGUGCCUUUCUGGCCGAGUACUACCGUGAGCACAAUAUGGAGCUGCUGCGUCUCCUGAAUCGGUUGGGCCAACCGCUGCCGUCCUGGCUCCGCCAAGAACUCCAGAGCACGAGCUGGAGCUGAGGCCACAUGCUCUCAAACACACACAGACAGACAGACACGCCACAGAGAACCCAGGACUGGAGUCUGUGGAUGAGCCAACGCUUGCUCUGGAUUAGACUGGACUACCCGAUCUGGAAUCAACAGCAGCACACACUAAUAGAGCUACAAGGGUUUAGCUGAUGUUACUGGUGCUCCUGUUCCAUGGCAAAAACGACAACACGGGAGCUUUGUUUAAGUGUUGGUCCCUGUUUGGGAAGGAUCCCAGCGGACUCUCCCUCCACCUCCUGAUAUGUUGCCAGCCUCCCGCGAGCACUGGGCGGCCUUCAGCCUCAGUCGGCGUGUGUUGGACGGGGGGGGCUGACACUGUACACAUCAGUUUGCUGUGGAUCCAGAGGACUGGGUGACCAGCACGUUUGGGGUAUAAACAACAGGUCAGGCAGCCUUAAUGUGAGGAGAGGAACUCGCAGGAUGAGACGGUGUGGAUAUGGAGUGUAUGACUGGGCACAGGACUAACAUGCACACACACAUACACACACGUCACAUCUCUUCACAAGAAUGAUUGUAAAGGAGUCUAUUUUCAAAAGCAGUUGUAUAUGUUAGGUUUGGCGGGCAGGUGAGAAACAAAAUGACCAGCCGUACAGACAGACAGUCCAUAUCCUGGUCCAGAUUUCUCUGUUUCGCGCACACACACACAUCUACCUGCAGGUCCAGCCAGCUGUCAGGGGGCUGUGUUCCCUUUCAUCCUCACAGUUUUCCAGUCUGUUUACUGUAGUUACAGACAUUUAAAAAUGGAUUUAGUUCUUAUGAUAACGGGUCAAUGUAAAUAUCAUGUGUGUGAGAUUUGGUACAUGACUAAAGCCCAGGUGUGGUCCAGGCUCUGCCAACUAACUAACAUCCUGUCAGGGAAACAGCUGUGAGUGAGCAGCUUUAUUAUUCUUAUAUAUUCACUAAGGUAAAGAUGGUUUUUGAAUGAUGAUAGACUGCGUCUCAAUCCAUUCUCCAGGUUAUAUGAAAUCGUUUAUAUGGAAUUUUAAUUAUUUGGACGAUGGGAUUGUGAAAGUUUUUGAGGACCAGAUUGUGAAAGUCCAGGUUUCACGUCAGCUCUGCAGUGAGUGGGAUUGGUCGUCUUGGGUAUCCACUGUAAAACUGUUAGCAGUGUUCUCUGAGUUUGUGGCUUUGGCUGGAGGCUGCUCUGUUGCAACAGCUGCUCAUGGAUGCUGUCACACUAAGAGUCAUUCCAAGUGUUGGUUGAAUUUUCCAAGAUGGGUGUUUUUAGUGAUGAGGAUCGUUUUUAUUAAAUGAAAAUGGUCCACUGGAAAUGUACAAAUUACAUUUGUUUAUAAAUACAAAUGUUACCCUAAGGGGUAUACUAGUUAUAUGGUAUUGCACUUCUAUAAAGUUGGAGGACUCCUAAGAGACAGAGACAUGAUGAUGAAGCAGCAGGAGCCAAGUUAGAAAAUGCUCCCCUUCCUGGUAAAUAACCACUUUCAAACUUCACAUCUCCAGUUUGUGACUCCAGUUCAGUUUUGUCUCCAAGCUUACAUAACACUGAUGACAUCACUAUGACAUCAUCAGCGUUAUUACAUCUCAGACUUGACAAAGCUGCUCCAGAACCAUAGAAGACAUCAUACAGCUCUUUGAACAGACACAGGCCUAACCCUGACAGGUAAAUUGACUUGGACAUGAAAAAUGUAGAUUGAACUUGGACAGUGCUAACAGGAUUAUUUGAUCUAAAAUGUGCUAAUUUAUUUUGUCAUCAAUCAAAAAGUGUUUUUACCAUUGUAAUCAUGACAGUAAGGCAGCUGUUUACAGUGAGCCUGACAUGAUGUGAUCACGAGGCACAGUCCUGGACCAAAGCUAUUUAAAACCUAGUGUGGGUUGUUAAACUGUCAGAGGGGCAUAAGCACCUCCAGUCGGGAAGAGCGCUACACGCUCAGCGAAGAGAGGGAAAAAAGCCCAUCAUGUAUCAAAUGUCUUCUGAACAAUCAACACAGAAUGCUAAACACACACACACACGCACACCCUUGUCUCCAUCCGAGGACAGUAACCCACGAAUGCACGGGACAAGAGGAAAGACAUUGGAGCCAGUAUGGACACAAAUCAGAAGCUGCUGUCUUGUUUUCUGUUUGUUUUGUAUGAAUGUCAAAAAGGCCAACACUGUAUCAUCUCUAAUAAACACACAGAGAGGUUGGAAAAGAUG